AACGACGUCAAAUGUACGUUGUAGGCACAUACUCUUUUUUUUCCGUACGCGAUCGCGCGAUGAGAGACGUUCUCUUUACACGGUGGUAGUGGUUGAAUUGAAAACAAAUAACUGAGAAAAAAAAACUAUAUAUCCCUAAUGUAAAAUAGAGUUGUUCGUUGUAUUGCAUAUCGAAUGCAUUUUGAGAAUGUGUUUUCCUUUUUUGAUUGUUGUUGCAAAUAAUAGUUUUAUUGCGGCAACACUGAACCCUAUGGACUGUUACACCGUAACCAAGAAUGUCUCAGGUGGACAGGUGGAAUGAAGCAUCGGUACUACUUUAUUGGAUAACAAAGUGAAAUGAAUUUUAAACUACAUACAAACAAACACAAAAAAAGAACAAAACAAGACGGGUGUUAAGUGUAAAAGUGGGAACGAUUUGAUUUUGCCACACACUCACACACAACAGUGAUGACAGCGGAAAACCCAAAAAACGAACCAUUUUGAUUUAUGUAUCACCUGAUGCGGUUUUUUGCCACCAAAGAUUUCAUUUCUCAAUUGAAUAUUUUUGCCACUUUUUUUCGUUGUAUUUUUAUCAUUCGCAAAUGGCUUAGCAUCUUGUGUGCGGCUCCAAAGUGUAUGUGUGUAUAUAGUGAUAUGAUGGAGCAUGACUCAUAAUUUGAUUUUAUUGCUGAGGUGUCCCUGGAGUGUACCAUCAUAAAAUAAAACAAAACGAUGAAAAUAAGACAGAAUUUCAGCAACAACAAACACAGCAUUUAUGAUGAUGAUGAUGAUGAUGAUGAUGAUAAAGAAUGAAACGAAGCCGAGUGUACGGAUGAAUAAGUGAAAGGUUCAACGGUGUACCCAUUUUUAGACGAAGAAGAGAAAAAAAAGAGGAUCCACACAGAAAAACCGCAUUUUCACAAAAUACAACAGUCGCAGUCAUCAUCAUUGCAAACAAAAUACCACUGUUAUUACAGCGAUAUGAAAAUUAAAACUAAAGCAAAAACAAAAGUAACUAAAUAGGAUAUGCAAAAAAGAGAAAGAAAAAAAGAGGCAAGAUAAAAAGGAGCAUAGGGAAAAAAGAAUUUUUGUGCAAAAAGCAACGAAAGGAGAAAAUCUACCAGCUCAUCAGAAUUUAUGUAGAUUUGAGUGUAUAUUCGGUUGUGCUAUACCACGGCACAGUACAUAAUUACAUGCUGUGCGUUUGUGAGGGAGAGAGAGAGAGAGAGAGAGAGAAAAAAAGGACGAAGAAAAUUAAAAAUUGAAAUGGCUCUGAAGUAAAUUGUUUAGUUCUUCGUUUAGUUGUGUUUCAUGCCUUAGUGUUCAUUAUGAUUCUUACCAGUACAAAGGCAUAAUAGAAAAAUAAAACGUGAAAAACGCUACAGCAUAACAAACGGUUUCGGUUUGGAAUUUAUAUUUAUUGUGCAAAGAAAGAAAGAAAGGAAAAACAAAGAGAAAAAAAACAUAAGAAGUGCUGAGCAGAAGAGGACGAAAGACAUUGAGUCGAGUGCGCGUGUAUGCAAUGUUUUCUGUCAAACAUCUUGUGCUCGUCAAGAACGAUUCGGAAAAUAUGCUCCAUGACAUCGAUGCUGUCAUCUCAUCUAGCAUGAUUAAAAAAAAUCCACACUACACCAAGUAUGUGUAUAUGAGAAAUGUGUCUUGAAUAAUCAUUUUCUAUUGUCCUAACCGCCUCAUAUUCCGGCCGUUAUUUAGUUAUUUUUAUUAUUAUUAUUAUCAUUAUUAUUAUACAUUUAUAUUUGCGUCGUAUAAAUAAUUUCGAAAAUCAUUGAACGUGCUUUGGUUUGAGAAAAAAAAAACCACAACGCACUCAUUCCACCAUCAUCGUCGUCAGCAUCAUCAUCAACAUUGGCGUGCGAAUCCAAAGAGCGAUAGAACGCUGCGUAUAUAUAAAUGCCAAAUGGAAAUGUCUCCAGUGUUAUCUGUAACGCUUAAUCUUUAUUUGUUUUACAAUAAUUUUAUGUGCUGACGCUAUGGAAAUGGAUAUUAUUUUUUUACAAAUUUAAGUGAACAACUUUUUCGGUCCAUCCCAAGUAAACGUGAGAAAAAGGAGAAUACGAAAGAGCAAGUUUUUCGGUGCUCUCUAUCACGAAUUGUCAAGAGAAGAAGCGAAAAAAAAUCAUUAUACGGAAAAUCAGUGGCUACAAAAUAAUAAGAAGGAAAGAGUUUUGCAAAAUAUCUUUCGAAAGAUAUAACGAAGACUUUUAUGUAAACUUUUUUUGCGAAGUGCACACGCAUAAAUAUGUACUCAACUCAAAGAAUGAGCGCUCGUUUGCGUCAAUAGCGAUACACAUAAAUUUCUACGACGAUGUAUCCCAAUCCAAAGCCGAAUGAAACAAACUCAGUUUCAGCAUAAAAGAAGGCGGUCGAGUAGAAAGUUUUUUUUCUCACUAAAUUGAGAAAUAUUUAUAUUUAAGAGUAUUACGCAGCGCAGUUGGGAUAUACUUUUUCAGAAAGAUAUUUUGCCAAUUACGUGCAUGGAAGAAAGAAGAAAAAAACGGUACCAAGUCCGUAUAAGAGUUCAAUGUGUGAAGCAGUCAUAAGAGUACGCCAGUUUCGUGAAUUAUAUUGAGUGAUUUCAAUGAAUCUCCAGUGUGUAUUCAGUAAUGUCGCAAACUGCAUCAUCAACAUAAACGGCCAUCAACGAUAUCGACAUUAACAACAGCCGCACCAAAAACCAUAAACCUCAGAAAGAAAGAAACGAAACGAAACAAAGCGAAAAGGGCAAAAUAAAGAGUAGCACGCACGAGAUCUUUUACGACAAAUGAAUAAUAUAAAUAUCAUAGAAGACACAAGAAAUCAAGUUAGAAAUGAAGAAUAACCAAUCAAAAGGAGAAAUAUGACAGCGAAAACAAAUGAUGUAUGCUAUUCAAUGUGAACAAGUGCAAAAAAGUAAACAAAUAGUAAGAAAACAGUGUGUUUGUUAUGCAUAAGAAAACAUGCAUAUCGCAACAGCUAAUUGAAUGGCACGACAAAAUUAACUUAACUGAUGCUCGGAGUUUUACUUCUAGUAUGCUUUCGAGUGCUCUAUGUAUGUAUAUAUAUAUGAGUGAAGUGAAUUGUCAAAGAAACUGACAAGCAAAGCGGUGAAAAAGACAAGGCUGUCAUUCCAAGUCAUUUUUAACAGCAUAAAAACACACAGAAGUCAUCGUAGUCAAUCUUAACAUUUGAAACGGGUCAUUUGUUAGAGUAACACAAACACCAAAUUUACUUGCUCACGCACAUGUAAGCUACAACACGACGAACAAACACCGUUGUGAGAAUUGGUGCACAGAUUCCGGACAAAAAUUUAUUUAGCAAAUACUAUCAUCCUUCGAUGUGAACGCUAAAUCGCGCACACAACGGAUGAUAGAGAGACCAUCGUGCUGUGCGAAGAGGAAGGGAAAAGACAACCGGGAAAAAAAUCGAAAGUGAAGGAAGAAGCGCGACGGUGAACGAGCGCGCGCGUGCAAACUAAAUGGAAAAAAGCGGAUACAAUCUAGUAUAUGUACAUACAUCGACCAAGAUCUGGGGCUAUCAAUUGGAAAAUUCUAUACAUUUUUCGAAUUGUUACGGAAGAUAUUUAAAGAAAACCCACAACCGCACAUAAAGACACACACAAAAAUGGUUUUCGAUUUCAAACCAUUCAAGCUAACCACAUCUAGUUGUUUCUACGCUAUUAUUUUAAUGGUGCUAAGCGGCUUGCAUGAAUUGAAAUGUAAUGAGCAUGCUCUGGACUUCCAGAAGAACAUUCCAGUUCGUGUCGUUUGGGCGGUGAAGGGAAAAGACGUCGAUCUACCCUGUGACAUAGCGACAACAGUGCCAGGCGACUAUCCAAAAUUAAUUUUAUGGUUUAAGGACACCACCGGCAUACCCUUAUAUAGCAUCGAUUCGCGAGAACGAAAUGUAAAAUUUGGCACACAUUCAGCAAUCGCUAGUGAUUUGGGUGAACGUCUUUUUUUUGCAAUUGAUGACAAUAACAGCAAAAAUGCACGGCUCCAAAUAAAAAACGUACAAGAUACCGAUGGCGGGGUUUACCGAUGCCGAGUGGAUUUCUUCAAUUCAGCCACACGAAACUCACGUAUUAAUCUCACACUAGUUGUUCCGCCCGAUGAGCCGCGGAUAUUUGAUACACAUGGAAAAGAAAUAUCAACACUAGCCGGGCCUUUUCGUGAGGGUCAAGAGUUUUUUCUAUCGUGCCAAGUAAAUGGUGGAAAUCCUCCACCGAAAGUAUCAUGGUGGCGAUCAGAUGUCGAAAUACCUGGUACGAGUCAUCAAUCAAUUGUUACCGGUGCAGUUGUUAACAAUAUACUGAUGCGAGCCGUGCCAAGGGACUAUUAUGCAACGAAAUUAACAUGUAAGGCUCAGGGAACUACAUUAAUUGAUCCAGUCGAAAAAGAAGUGACAGUCCAACUUCAUUUGAAACCACUUAGAGUUAAACUAGUAUCAUCGAAUGAAAUAUUAACUGCUGGUGUCAAAUCGCCGUUACGUUGUGAAGCAUGGGGAUCUGCACCACCAGCGAAAAUAGCAUGGUUUUUGGAUGGAAUACCAAUUAUAAAUGCCGAUAUCACAUCACACAGUGACAGCAGUGAUGAGGGUGGAAAUAAAACAAUAAGCAUCGUUACGCUGACGGUUGCGCCGGAAAAUAACGAUGCUGAACUCGUAUGUCGUGCGUCGAACCCAUGGUUUCCCAGCGACAUUAUCGAAGAUAAAAGAAUCAUUAAUGUGGCCUAUGCGCCGAGUGUGUCUGUGCACUUGGCUAACGAAGAACCGAUUCCUAGUCGCCUAAUCAUUCGGGCGGAACGUGAUAAUGUGACGUUAAAAUGUCGCGCUGACGCCAAUCCACCAGUGGAUUCAAGCAGUUUUGGAUGGUAUAAAAAUGGUAUGCGAAUGUCUGGUGAAAAUACGGAAACGUUACAUCUUACAAAUCUCGAACGGCAGAACAUCGGUGAAUAUUCAUGUUCAUCGAGGAAUGAUUUGGGUGAAAAUCACAGUUCAACCAUAACUUUGCGAGUGCAAUAUGCACCACGGUGUAAACCUGGCACAGAGCAAUCUUCGAUGGGCUCUAUAAAUAUGCAUUCGAUUGAUGUUCGGUGUGAAGUCGAUGCAGAUCCGGCUGAAAAUAUUCGCUUCAGUUGGACGUACAACAAUACGAGAAAUGUGUCACCGGUUUUAAAUUCGAGAAUAACGUCAAAUGGAUUAGUUAGUACGAUGACAUAUUUGGCACCGAGUGAUUCCGAGUUGACACUGGCGUGUUGGGCGAGCAAUGCGGUCGGUCGUCAAGAGAUUCCAUGUUUGAUUCACAUUAUACCAGCAAAAUUGCCGGAUCAGCCACAACAUUGCGAACUUCGGAAUGAUACAAUAUUCGAGGUUGUGUGCAGUGGUGGUAGCGAUGGUGGAUUACCGCAAUACUUUUUGCUUGAAGUUGUUGGUGGUAAUCCAGUGAGUCCCGAUUUCAGUCGCAAUGAUUUUGACAAUAACAUGAACACCAACGAAAUCUCAACGAUGAACGAUCAAGCAACAACAGCACCAUUGCGCCGAAUUAAGGAGGCCGUUCCAGAAUUUAAAUUGUACGACCUCGAACCAGGUCGCGAGUAUCAAUUCCUAGUGUAUGCUGUAAAUGCAAAAGGCCGAAGUCAUCCACCGAUUGUGAUGCAAGGAAAAACCUUUAACGAUAUCAUUGGUCCGCAUGAUGAGACUAUUUUAUCGGAGGACCCACCCACGGAAAUCUCGAAACAGGAAAAACAGAGACAAUCAGCAUUGAUUAUUAUUGGAGCCGGAGCAGUUGCAGCAUCUUCAGUUAUUGUUGCUUUGUUUGCAGUGCUGUGCCGACGAUCGCGACCGCCACAAGUGACCGAUCCAAAGCCAACAUCAACCGAACAUCAAAUGAAACGAUUGAAACCUACACGAAUGCCAUCCAUGUAUGCAGAAGAAGAUGGGCUAGACGAUUUUGGCCGAUGUGCGGAUGUACGAUGUACACGAGCGAUGAGUGGUCAAAGUACCAGUCACUUCAUAUCCGAAGGUUUCGUACAAUACUCACAGCCAAGUUUCAAUGGUAUGGUGGAAUUGUAUCAGUCGAGUGCGAGCAUUAAUAUGUGUUCUUAGCGAUGUCCUAACGAUUUUUAGGUAUGAUAAAAUUAGAUAAUUUUUUUUCUACAAAAAAACACACACAACACAGUUGCAUAAUUUUAACCAUUUAUAUUAUCAAUAAACGAUACUGAUUCGAAGUUAGGAUUUAAAACAAAAUGAUUGUCAUCUAUAUAAAUAGAACGUUUUCUUUUUAAAAGUAAAAGAAAUCACACAUAAAAUGCAUAUUUUGUUGUCAAUAGUCUCUCAUCGCUUCUUCCUGCCAUUUCGAAUGACUCAGCGGAAGCCAGAGAGACCCGUGAAAGGAAAGGCAAGAGACUCUAUUCAUUGUGCGGUAUAUGUGCGUUUGAAGUAAAUGUUAUAUGUAAUCUGACGGUCUCUGAAGAAUAAGAAAAUAAGAGAAAACAAAAUAAAAACAUGGCUAAAACUGCGCAAAUAUAUAUAAUCUUCUUAAUGAAGAAAGCGUUUGUACAUAAUUUAACGGAGUGAAAUAAAAAUACAAAUAAUUAAAACCAAACAUUAAUUUUAUCCAGUCAUUAAAAUUUAUUAUUAUGCUAAAAUUGGACGAUAUACAAAA